GUGGAUACCGCCUUCGCAAGGGCGACAGAAAGACGGGCGACGACUAAGCCGAACCUUCGGGAUCGUCGAGGCAGGGGUCGGGGCGGAAUUUCCUUCAUGCAAUCUUCUCGAUUUCGUUAAUUAUUGCAGUCAUGAUCCUUUGCGAAAUCGCUUCGUUAGGAUUUCAUAUUUAUUUCGGUAUGUUUUGUUGAAAAUCCUGAAAAGUUUCGAAUUUUCUUUUCCUUGUAGUUUGAGGACUGGAUUGUUUGAGCCUUUUUUUUCUUGGGAUCGGGUCGGUCGAUAGUCGGGAUAUGCGUCUCCUGUAAGGGAGCCAACAAUUGUUGGAAGAGAGGUCUUAGCGUCGACCAUGGCGUGCAAGGGGUUCUGGGAAUGUUUGUUGAAGCUUUUCAAUUUUGUUUUGACGGUCACCGGUUUGGCGAUGGUGGGAUAUGGGAUCUACUUAUUGGUGCUGUGGAAUAAGAUCGCUCCUGGCGGCGACCCGGUUUCGCCGACGAGCAACGAUCUGGAAGUCUUGAAGCUUGGGCGGCCCAUGCUUAUUGCCGUGUUCUCUUCGUCCAGUUUCCUUGACCAUCUACCGAAAGCUUGGUUUAUUUAUUUGUUUAUAGGUGUUGGGGCUAUCAUACUUGUUAUAUCAUGCUUUGGUUGCAUAGGAGCAGUGUCCAGGAAUGGUUGCUGCCUAUCUUCUUUUGCUUUCUUAGUGUUUUUGUUGAUUGUAGCUGAGUUGGCUGCUGCUGCUUUCAUAUUCUUCGACCAUAGCUGGAAGGAUCUUAUUCCUGAUGAUAAAACUGGGAACUUUGACAUUAUAUAUGAUUUUUUGGAUGAUAAUUGGAAGAUAGCUAAGUGGGUUGCUCUUGGAGCUGUCAUAUUAGAGGGUUUGGCAUUUUUGUUGGCUCUUAUAGUGAGAGCUGCUAACAGUCCUGUGGAAUAUGAUAGCGACGAUGAGUAUAUCACUCCAAGAUCUUCUGUCCGACAGCCAUUAGUGAAUCGGCAAGGAGCUCCAGCAACUGGAGUACCUGUGCUUGGCAAUUUGGACCAUCGUCCUAGCAGGAAUGAUGCUUGGAGCCAAAGAAUGAGAGAAAAAUUCGGUCUCGACACCUCUGAGUUCACAUACAACCCCUCUGAUCCAAGUAGAUACCAGCAAGCUAAUGGAUUGCAAAUGGAAGAAAGUAGCCGUUGUACCAUUCUUUGACCAUCCAUCCUCUUUGGGGAUGAACUUUUUGGUUUGCACAGUUUGUUAGUCACUUCUCUUCAACCUGUGAAGCUUUUGGGAGAUUGAUUUCCCUGUUUCCUUGGAUGUGUAACUCAAGUGUAUCACCUGAUUUCACUGCACGAACUUCUUAUCUCUUCUUGCAGUAUCUAUCUCAUUGCACCUCGUGAGUAAUUAUGGUCGCAUGGUAUUAUGAGUAUGGAGAGCUACGUUUCUGUCCUUCAGAGAUGGUCCUUUGUAUAAACUAUGCAGCAUUGCUGAAGCUUUGUUUUAGUACAUUAACUUUUCCUUCA